AUAUCCCUGUCCACUUGUCCAUUAUGUCUACAGUCUGGUGCUCUUCUGUCCUCUCGGCGACGGCUACCUCAGUGCCAAAGAAUCCCUCGCGCAGUAAUCCAAGUAACCAUCUUCGCUUCACCUUCUCCAACUCCUCGGCAAAAUCAAGCUGCCACAGAUUCUCUUCCUGUAGAAGUAACCGUCCUCCUCCUCUCUACUACUGGGCUUGCAUCGAGUCUCGGAGGAGGAUAUCUUGUGGAGUUCAAACAACAGCACAAUCUGGAACGAGGGUUGUCGAAAGAAAUGCAAGCCUAGAAAUCGAGGAACGGCACGCCAGAAUAAGGAAGCAGCUGCUGAAACCCGAGCUCUCGCCAUCUGCAUAUGACACAGCAUGGGUAGCCAUGGUACCGUCUCCAGGCUCUCCUCAGGCUCCAUGCUUCCCACAGUGUGUUCAAUGGAUACUGGAAAACCAACUGGAUAACGGAUCGUGGGGUCACAAUGAAGUUGAUUCAUCAGCUGACAAGAAGGAAACUAUUUUAGCCACACUGGCAUGUGUUAUUGCACUUAAGAAAUGGGAUGUUGGCCCUGCGCACAUAACUAAAGGAAUACAAUUCAUUGCAAGGAACUUCCAGACAGUAACAGACGAACAGAUUGUAGUUCCGAUUGGCUUCGAUUUCACAUUCAGCGGCAUGUUCACCCUUGCCAUUAACAUGGGCUUGCAGUUUCCUGUAAGACAAACUGAUAUUGAUGGGAUACUUCGCCUCCGGGAGAACGAAUUGAAACGAUAUGAUGGGGACAAAUCUACGGCAAUAGAAGCAUAUUGUGCCUAUGUUGCUGAAGGGUUCGAAAAUCUGUUGGACUGGAAUGAUGUUAUGAAGUUCCAAGCGAAGAAUGGAUCCUUGUUUAACUCUCCUUCUGCAACUGCUGCCGCUUUAGUCGCCAACUAUGACGACAAAGCGCUACAGUACCUAAAUUUGCUUGUCACACAAUUUGGCAGUGCAGUACCAACAGUGUUCCCACAAAACAUUCAUUGUCAGCUUUCAAUGGUGGAUACGCUCGAAAGUGUUGGGAUAUCACGGCAUUUUUCUGCUGAGAUAAAGGCUGUCCUGGACAUGGUAUACAGUUUGUGGUUACAGAAAGAGGAGGAAAUAAUGUUGGAUGCAGAAACAUGUGCGAUGGCAUUUCGAAUUUUACAAAUGAAUGGCUAUGAUGUUUCCACAGAUUGGUUGUCUCAUAUUGCUGAAGCCUCCAAUUUCCACAACUCACUACAAGGAUAUUUAUGUGAUACAAAGACUCUGUUGGAAAUGUACAAAGCCUCUAAAGUCAUAUUAUCAGAAAGAGACUUGACCUUAGAGAACAUAGGAUGUUGGACAGGUAGCUUAUUGAGGGAAAAGCUAUGCUCUGAUGGAGCACAAAGAGUACCAAUACUUGAAGAGGUAGAGUAUGCUCUUAAGUUUCCCCAUUAUGCCAUAGUAGAUCCUCUCAACAACAGAAGAAGUAUUGAGCAUUUGGAUGCUAGGGGUUCUCAGACGCUAAAGACAAAAUAUCUGCCAUGUCAUGUAAGUCAAGACAUCCUUGCGUUGGCUGUUGAAGAUUUCUGUUUUUCUCAAUCUAUUUACCAGGACGAACUACAGAACAUCAUUAGUUGGGAGAAAGAGAAUAGGAUGGACCAGCUACAAUUUGUGCGGCAAAGGCUGGCAUAUUGCUAUCUCGCUGCUGCUACCACCAUAUCCCCUCAUGAAUUGUCUGAUGCUCGCGUUGCAUGUGCCAAAAGCAUCAUGCUCACGGUUGUAGUUGAUGACUUCUUCGAUGUUGGUGGAUCAAAAGAAGAACAAGAAAAUCUCAUCGAAUUAGUUGAGAACUGGGAUGAGCACCACAAAGUUGAGUUCUGUUCGGAGAAAGUAGAAAUAGUUUUCUAUGCUGUCUAUAAUACAGUGAACCAGCUUGGAUCUAUGGCUUCUGCAGUACAGAAGCGCGAUGUGACAAAACACCUCGCUGAAACAUGGCUAAAAGUAAUGCUGUGCAUGCUGACGGAGGCAGACUGGCAAAGGAGGCAAUUUGUACCAACAGUUGAGGAAUACAUGGCAAAUGCAGUUUCCUCCUUGGCACUGGCGGUCAUUAUACUUCCAGCGCAGUAUUUUCUUGGCGAAACGCUCUCAGAUUACAUGGUCAAAGAUCAUGAAUACAGCAAUUUGUCUGAGCUCAUGUUCACUUGCAGUCGUCUCUUAAAUGACAUUCGAAGCGUUGAGAGGGAGUUCGAAGCUGGUAAACUGAACAGCGUUUCACUGCUUGCUCUACACAGUGGUGGUUCCAUGUCCAUAGAAGCGGCUAAGAAGGAAACACAUGGAUCUUUAGAGUCGUAUAGGAGAGGUUUAGUAGCGUUGGUUCGUAGACAGGACAGUGUUGUUCCUAGGUCAUGCAAGGAGCUGUUCUGGAAGCUUUGCAAGACAAUUCACCUGUUCUACUUCCAGAUUGAUGGAUUUACGUCGCCGAAGGAGAUGGUUGGGGCAGUCAAUCAAGUAAUCAACGAGCCACUCGAACUCCAAUCAAGCAACACACAUGUUUAGUUUAGCUGUUCGAUCUAUUUGAAGAUUAAGGACUCUGGAAGGACAGGUACUUCCCCGGAGACGAUGCAAACAAUCAUUGGUGGGUCACCAUACAAACAGUGACCUUAGUUGUUUGGGCCUCGCAUUGACCUUGUUAAAGGCAUUAUCUAAAAUACCGAGUGUCUUUUUCUCUUUAAUGAAAACCUUUGAUUUGGCCUUUUGUUGGUUGGUCAUAGCAACGACGUUGCUUUUGGAGAGCCUCAGUCUCGGCUCUAGCUUUGCCUGGUUAGUGGUUGACUUGAAAAUUAUGUUGUGGUGAUAGCUCGCUCAAAGUGAUGAGUUUGUUUUUUCUGUCUUUUUUCUUCUUUUUUUGCCUGUGUGUGUACAUCUUAGUGUGUAGAGUCCAGGAUAAAUCUUAGUCCACUUGUAUCAUCUUGAUGUAAUUGUCUAAGAUUAAUAAAGCUUCCUAAUACAAACA